CACACCACCUGCAUACCCCUACACUCGUCACAUUAUUGUAAUUUCAAUUUUCAAGCGCCAAGUGUUUUUCGUUUUUCCAACUAAAUAUUUGACUUAGCGCCACUCGAUCUCAUCAAAUACGUAGCCGAGAAUUUUGGGGUAUGGGCGCCGUCGCUGUCGUAAAAAAAAAAAUGCAUAGUUGGGAGUCGUGUUGUGUUCACAUUUCGUCGUAUUAUAAAUACGAAAUGGACAGAACGAGGAAAAGAGAGAGAGAGAGAGGCAGACUGCAGUGCCAGCCCUGGUUGUGAUUUUCGCCCUCCUUUCCUUUCUUCUCCUCCAAAAGCACUCAAUUUCCCACGAAACAACCAACACCACCACCACCAUUAUUUUGUUUAAUCACCAAUUAUUAACCCACUCCCCAAUUUCCCUCCAUCUCCUCCGAACCUUCACCCCCAAUUUCCCCUCCGCCGCGACCACCAUGGGGAACUGCCUCGCCAUGGGAACUCCGGUCAACCACUACCAAGCCCCCACCACCACCGCCGCCGCCGCCUCUCCAGAGUUUAGUGCCUCGCGGAAUAACAGCAGCGACGACGUCGUUGAGAGCGUGAGUAAUAGCGGCGGAGGCCACAGUACUACUACAAGCGGCGAAACGGCGGGUAGGCCGAGCUUGAAGAUCUUCAAGCUGGCGGACUUGAAGAGCGCGACGAGGAAUUUCCGGCCGGACACUGUGCUCGGGGAAGGCGGGUUCGGGACGGUUUACAAAGGGUGGAUCGACGAGAGGACCUUCGCGCCCUCCAAGGUCGCCGUCGGGAUGCCCGUCGCCGUCAAGCGAUCCAACUCCGACAGCAAUCAGGGGCUCGAGGAGUGGCAGGCGGAAGUCAAGUUCUUGGGGAAAUUUUCACACCCGAAUCUCGUCAAGUUGUUGGGUUACUGCUGGGAAGAGAAUCAAUUCCUGCUGGUCUACGAGUACAUGCAGAAAGGCAGCCUGGAAAGUCACCUCUUUAGAAGUACGUACAAUGAACACCAAAUGAAAACCCUACCACAGAAUGCAGAUCCAUUACCAUGGGAGAUCCGUCUGAAGAUCGCAACGGGCGCUGCAGAAGGCCUAGCUUUCCUCCACUCCUCGGAGAAAAGUGUCAUCUACCGCGACUUCAAGGCCUCCAACAUUCUCCUGGACAAGGAGUACAAUGCCAAGCUAUCGGAUUUCGGGCUGGCGAAGUUCGGCCCGGUGAACGGGAAGUCCCACGUGACCACCCGUGUCAUGGGGACCCACGGGUACGCGGCGCCGGAGUACGUGGCGACGGGCCACCUGUACGUCAAAUCCGACGUGUACGGGUUCGGGGUGGUCCUCCUGGAGAUGCUGACGGGCUUACGGGCCAUGGACACGAACCGGCCCAGUGGGGAGUACAAGCUCGUGGACUGGGCCAAGCCCUCUCUCUCCAACAAGAGGAAGCUCAGGAAGAUCAUGGACCCGAGGCUCGAUUUAGAGUACCCGUUGAACGCUGCGAUGCAAGCAGCCGAGCUCAUCCUGCAGUGCUUGGAGGUCGAUCCCAAGAGCAGGCCUUCCAUGGAGGAAGUGGUGGAGACUUUGAGGAAGGUAGCCGAGAUCAAGGUGAAGCCCAUAGAGGGCAAAGAAGGUAAAUCAGGAGGCAGGGACCGACGUGGCAGUCAUGGUAGUCAUAGUUACGGACAUAGCCCAAGGGAUCAUCAUCGGCCCAGAUAUGGUGGAAAUGGGAUUAAUGGGUCACGGGCCCAUUCAGCAGGUAGAUAGCUAGGGACACUUUUUUGUGAAUAAGUUAGUGCACUAAGUACGUACUAUCCCCUAUAUGUGCAGUGUGCACGUUGACUCCCCAUACUCGUGGACGUUUUUUACUGGGCCGAACUUUGAGAAGAGGG